AUGGUUCGUGUGAACUUGCUUUUGGCCUUGGCCAUUACUUCUUUUAGUGCUACAAUGGCAGCGCCUGGGGCUUCCACUUGUGACCUCAAAUAUGAUGCCUGCCGCGGUGCCCCCGGUGCAAACCUGUCGACCUGCGCCUCUGAGAAGGCCGCGUGUGAAGGUGCUGGAUCGAGCUGUCAGGUCAAGUACGAUGCCUGCCGCGGUGCCCCUGGUGCAAACUUGUCGACCUGCGCUUCUGAGAAGGCUGCUUGCGAUGCGAAUAGCGACAUAUCCUCAACUACGACGCAGUUUGUGAAGCCAACCCCGGGACCCUCGAGCGACUGCCAGGCUAAGUAUGACGCCUGCCGUGGUGCCCCUGGUGCCAAUCUGUCGACUUGCGCCUCUGAGAAGGCCGCGUGUGAAGGUGCUGGAUCGAGCUGUCAGGCCAAAUACGAUGCCUGCCGUGGUGCCCCUGGUGCCAACCUGUCGACCUGCGCCUCUGAGAAGGCCGCAUGUGAAGGUGCUGGAUCGAGCUGUCAGGCCAAGUACGAUGCCUGCCGUGGCGCCCCUGGUGCAAACUUGUCGACCUGCGCUUCUGAGAAGGCUGCUUGCGAUGCGAAUAGCGACAUAUCCUCAACUACGACGCAGUUUGUGAAGCCAACCCCGGGACCCUCGAGCGACUGCCAGGCUAAGUAUGACGCCUGCCGUGGUGCCCCUGGUGCCAAUCUGUCGACUUGCGCCUCUGAGAAGGCCGCGUGUGAAGGUGCUGGAUCGAGCUGUCAGGCCAAAUACGAUGCCUGCCGUGGUGCCCCUGGUGCCAACCUGUCGACCUGCGCCUCUGAGAAGGCCGCAUGUGAAGGUGCUGGAUCGAGCUGUCAGGCCAAGUACGAUGCCUGCCGUGGCGCCCCUGGUGCAAACCUAUCUACCUGCGCCUCUGAGAAGGCUGCCUGCGAUGCGAAUGGAGGCACUACCUCGACUACAACUGGGGCUGUGAAGCCUACCCCGGAGCCCACGGGUGACUGCCAGGCUAAAUACGACACCUGCCGUCGCCGCCCCGGUGCAAACCUGUCGACCUGCGCCUCUGAGAAGGCUGCCUGCGAUGCGAAUGGAGGCACUACCUCGACUACAACGGGGGCUGUGAAGCCAACUUCGGAGCCCGCGGGUGACUGCCAGGCUAAGUAUGAUACUUGCCGUGGUGCCCCCGGUGCAAACCUGUCAACCUGCGCCUCCGAGAAGGCUGCUUGCGACGCGCAGGGAGGCAGCGGAUCCACGUCAUCUGUUGGACCUACUUCAGCGUCCCCUUCCGCCCCUCUCUUUACGGGUGCUGCAAGCCGAGUCUCAGGCAAUAUUGCUGUUGUGGGAGCUCUGGUUCUCGGUCUUGUCAUUUAA